GUUUCCUCGUCCUCCUCCUCGGCAGCGCCGACACCAUGACGGCGUUCAGCUUCAAUGACAGCAGCCAGCAGACGAGAUCCAUGAUGCACCAGGCCCUGCACACCAUCUACCUGCUGUUCCUCAUACGUACUCUACUACAAAGGUUUACAACCUGAAGAGAUCAAGGAACAGAUGGUCCAGGGUUCGGAGAAACUGAUGAGGAUGGCGGCAGAAUUCACCAAGAAGAUCAAGACUGGGUCUGCUCGGCUGACGGCGGGUAAUGGACAGUGACCUGGGUGAGUCUGGAUGCUGCGCUGUGAUACCUGAUGGAUGUUUUGGGUCCUCAUGAAGUGAUUUGAUGUCAGAUAUGAUGCACAAAAAGGACCCCUGGAAGCUAUUCUGUGUUCUUCCUGGCAGCUUUUGUUGUUGGUUUUGCCUCCUGGAACUAGUUGUCAUAUGGUUGUAAGGGUUCUUUGAUCAAACUUGGUUAGGAUGUAGGCUAAAGUGGUAACAGGUUUUUGUCCCAUGGUGUUAUCUUUGCUUUGCAAGGAUAUCACAGUGGGUUUCCUGUUAGUGCUCCAGCUCGCUUCUCUUCCUCAUUCCCCCUUUCCUGAUGUGUGGUGUGUGUGUGUCGAACAAUGUAUUUCCGUUUUAUGAUGAAAUGGAAAGGGGUGAGAAGCCCAGUUGGAAAAAAAAAGGAAACAAAGUGUCGAGAUUUCGUUAUCAAAGGGCUCCUCUCCGAUGAUGAUGAUCUCGACAGAGCAUUUCGGGUAGUUGAGGCAGAGCUUGGGUUCCUCUUUGAUUUCUUCUAUGCUCGGUACCCGUCGAUCAAAGACACCCUAGCCCCCGAUUCCGUCGUGUAUGCUAUGAUCCUUGCAACCAGCAUAUUUACUCUCUUCUGCCCGGACCUCCUCAAGUACCGGCCGACUAUGGGGGGUACAAACAUAUUCGUCCAAGGCUUCAAUCUUGAUCUUCUGGUCACUCGUUUGGUCAUCGUGUGGUACAUAUUUCUUGAGUCGUACCAAUUCCUUUCCUUGUUCAUCUUCUCCGACUGGCACAAGGUGAAGAUGAUGUGCCGCUACGUGCGGAAGGAGUCAUGGCACAGGGCAAUCGUGGAGAUCCCGCUCAAGGUCAUGUGCCAUUUCAACAUCACAAAGUACUGGAAGGGGAGCAUCGGCCAGUACUUCAUCCUUGACAACGCCCAUCCUCACCCGGUCAAGUCCUUCCUAUCAUGGAUAUCGCUCCAGGCCCUGGACGCAUCAAUGAUGACUAGCUCGAUCAGAUUAUUACCAGAAGCAAGGCAAGCUGUCCUCCGCCAACUUAAGGCCACCGGCGGCACGAUCACUGAUGGAAGAAUAUGGUUGUAUGAUACGGGUGUCAUUGACAAGGAUCUCGAUCAGACCUGCUUUCUCGGCCACACGUAUGCCCGCUACAUCAUGACAUGGCACGUAGCCACAAGCAUCUGCAGCUACGGCCUGACUAUGGAGGAUACCAGCAGCCAAGAGCUGGUGAAGAACCAUGCCAUUGCCACUAAGCUAUCCGGCUACUGUGCGUACCUGCUGGCCUUCAAACCGGACCUCGUUCCGGACAUCACUUGCACGAGCUUGUCAAUUGCCCGAGGCACACUGCAGAACGCCCGGGAGUACCUUGCCGAGUGCAAAUCCAACAAGGAGAUGUACGAUAAACUGAUCGAGUUAGGGAGGUCAUAUUCCAAAGUGUACGAGGUCCGCUUUCUGCAUGAGGGCGCAAUGGUUGCUGCGCACCUCAUCGAAAAUGACGUGACUGUGACCGACGAGGACCGAUGGAGGGUGCUCUCCGUCUUCUGGGCGAACAUGAUGUUGUGGAUCGCCUCAUCGGACAGAGCAGUGGCACAUGCCACCAGGAUGGCAACGGGCGGGGAGUUCAUAACACUCAUAUGGGCUCUGCUCACACAUGCCCACAUAGUAGACAAGCUUCAACCGCCCGGUGGUUCCCCAGGAUUGCAUAUGCAGCUGCCUAGUGAUGCUGGCAGUGACAACAGUUCCAGAUCCAUGUACACCACUGAUGAUGACAUUGAAUCACCGAUUACUGGGGACAAGCUUCAACCGCAUAGUGGUGCCCCUGAAUUGCAUAUGGAGCAUCCUAGUGAUGCUGACAGUGAUGACAUGUACAAUUCAACUGAUGAAUCCACAUACAGCACUGAUGAUGACAUUGAGAUUGAUCCACCGAUUACAAUGAGAGGUAUGAAGUACAUUCUGGCUCAAAAUUGUGAUGUAUAUACAUCAUAUGGUUAA